AUGUGUGGCCGUUACUAUGGCAACUCCUGUGGCUAUGGCUGUGGCUACGGCUCUGGCUACGGCUGUGGCUACGGCUGUGGCUACGGCUCUGGCUAUGGCUAUGGCUACGGCUCUGGCUCUGGCUGUGGCUAUGGAUCUGGCUAUGGCUGUGGCUCUGGCUGCUGCUGUGGCUACGGCUCUGGCUACGGCUGUGGCUACGGCUGUGGCUAUGGAACUGGCUACGGCUGUGGCUCUGGCUGCUGUGGGUACCGCCCGUUUGUCUACAGAAGAUGCUAUUCUUGCUGCUAG